ACCCUCCCACGCGCACACACAACACACGCCCACCACCAGGGCGGCAAAAUGGUGAUGAUGGCUCAGAAGACGAAGGAGGCGGAGAUCACGGAGCAGGACUCGCUGCUUCUAACAAGGAAUUUGCUCCGGAUUGCUAUAUACAACAUCAGCUACAUCAGAGGCCUAUUCCCUGAGAAGUACUUCAAUGAUAAGUCUGUUCCGGCACUAGAGAUGAAGAUUAAGAAGCUGAUGCCCAUGGAUGCUGAAUCCAGGAGGUUGAUUGAUUGGAUGGAGAAAGGUGUCUAUGAUGCCUUACAAAAGAAAUAUCUCAAGACCCUUCUCUUCUGUAUAUGUGAGAAGGAGGAAGGCCCCAUGAUUGAAGAGUAUGCCUUCUCAUUUAGCUACCCCAACACAAACGGGGAAGAAGUUGCAAUGAACAUGAGUCGCACAGGGAGCAAAAAGAAUAGUGCCACAUUCAAGUCAAAUGCAGCAGAAGUCACUCCUGACCAGAUGAGGAGCUCUGCUUGUAAGAUGAUCAGAACGCUGGUUUCACUUAUGAGGACCUUGGAUCAAAUGCCAGAGGAGCGAACCAUUCUGAUGAAGCUGCUAUACUAUGAUGAUGCCACACCUGAGGAUUACGAGCCUCCCUUCUUUAAGGGUUGUGCUGAGAAUGAAGCCGUAAAUAUAUGGAACAAGAACCCCUUGAAGAUGGAAGUGGGGAAUGUCAAUAGCAAGCAUCUUGUGUUAGCUUUGAAGGUUAAGAGUGUCCUUGAUCCAUGUGAUGCUAAUGAUGCUAACAGUGAUGAUGACAAGAUGAGCUUGGGUCGUGAGUCAGACCAAGAUAAUGAUUUAUCGGACACCGAGGUUCGCCCAUCUGAAGUGGAUCGUUACGUCGUUGCUCCUAAUGAUGGAAAUUGCAAAGGUCAGAGUGGUACAAACUCAGAAGAUGAAACUCAAGAUGCUGCUCAUGAGGAAGAGCUAACAGCUCAAGUAAGAGCAUGGAUAUGCUCAAGAGACAUGGGUACUGUUAAUGCUUCAGAUGUCCUUUCCAACUACCCUGACAUAUCAUUGGAAAUGGUGGAAGAUAUUUUGGAGAGGCUACUUAAAGAUGGUUUACUUUCCAGGGCAGGCAAGGAUGGUUAUGCUGUUAACAAGGUUACUGAUCCCAAAACACCCUACAUAAAGAAAGAGAAAGAGGUUGCCAUGCACAAUGUUACACCUACUGAAGGAACCAAAAACAACGACACAGAUGUGAUGUACAUGAAGGCAUUAUACCACGCACUUCCAAUGGAUUAUGUGACUGUAGCUAAGCUUCAGGGCAAGCUUGAUGGCGAAGCCAACCAGACCACAGUCCGAAAGUUGAUGGACAAAAUGGUGCAAGAUGGAUACAUUAAGAAUUCAGGCAACAGAAGAUUAGGAAAAGCUGUCAUUCAUUCUGAAGUCACCAACAGAAAGCUCCUUGAGAUAAAAAAGAUACUGGAAGUUGAUAUCAGUGAUGAAAUGGCAAUUGACACCAACGCAAGGCCUGCUGAGUUUGACCGCAGAGAUCAUCAGAUAACUGACCAGGAAAUGAAAGAUGGCUCGACAAACGGCCGCUUCCAGUCAGUUGGAUCUGAUCUUACCCGCACACGGGAGCUACCGGAGCAGCAGCAGAAUAACAAGGACCCAAGCAGGACUCCCACAAGCAAUCGCGAGUCGGCUACGUCCCUGGAGAGUGGGGUGCUCGGGCAGAGGAUCAGGAAGUCUCUGGCUGGCGAAGAGUCGAUGGGCACGCCGGACAAGCGGACCAGGAAGACCAGCAUGGUGAAGGAGCCGAUCCUCCAGCAGGGCCGGCGCCACCGCUACUUCCCCGCCCACCGCGCCGCCCUCGCCGCCGCGCUCUCCGGCUUCCGCGCCAAGCUCGCCGACCUCCGCCGCGCGCUCCUCCGCCCCUCCGCGCCUGCCCCCCGCUCCCGCCUCUGGUGCCCCUUCUGCUCCGCCGACCUCGUCGACCUCGACAGCCGCUUCGCCUGUAGCAAUGCGAUUUACCAUCUCGCGAGCGAGGAGCACCUGAAGGGCGUCAAGGAUUUCCUGCGGAAGCAUGGGGGCGGGAUGGAUCAGGUCGAUUCGUUUAGGAUUUCAGAGGAUGAGCUUGCCAAGUGGGAGAAGGGCUGUGAGUCCUCCGGUACAGAAGCACAGGCAUUGGCCAAUGGCAUGAUUGGACCAUCUUUGGGGCCGUUGAAAGAUAUCCAAAAUGAAUCUACCUCUAAAAUUUUGGAUAGUUUUGCUGAAACUGACAUCCCAUCUUUUCGUAAUACUGCAUCUUGUGUUGUUAUGCCUUUACAAAGUCCUACCAAUGGGGCCUAUUACCCCACUAGUACAGCGUGUCAUGGAUCUUCCACCUCUGGAAGUGUUGCUUAUUCUGCUCCAUUUGGUACUUCCGGACUGCCUGUCAAACCCUGUGUCACAACACAUGGACAUCAGGGUAUGCCAAGUACAAACGUGUUUCAUAGUGCUGAUGCACAAAUGAAAGGUGCUCAAUCUACUUCCCUCGGAAAUGGACCAAAUCCACCGUCUUCUUCUUUUGUAUAUGUCCAACAGGGCCACUCUGGAGGGAAAUUCAAUCAGGGCCUGAAAGCAAAUGUGCAUACUGGUGCUCCUCCUCCAUGGUUAGAAGCUAGUGAGCAUGAUCCAAAGAAUGUGUCACUCGCCAGCUAUGCUCUUCCAUCUUCUCUGAAAGGAAAAUCAAGAAAACUUAACCCAAAGCGUGUUGGAGCUGCAUGGGCAGAGAGAAGAAGAGCUGAAAUGGAGAUGGAAAAGCGAGGUGAGGUCGUUGCAGAAACGCCUGAUGCUAGUUGGCUCCCUAAUUUUGGUGGUGUCUGGCAAUCUGGUUCACGAAAGGAAUCGAGGAAAGAGUUUGAGAAAAAUCAUAAGCUUAAAGAGGAGAACAAUCCUGAGUUACUCCCUGAGAUAAAACCAUAUAUCAGCAAAAGGAUGUGUAUAGGCUCUAAUAAAGAUGGACAACCGGACAGCACUGUAGAGUAGUGAGGAGAUGUGCAUUGUCCUGCCCGAUGCUUUAUGGAACAGAAAUCAGAGGCGCUACAAGAACGUCUGCACAUGUGCAAUUAAAUGUGGCAUUGGGUGCUCGUAGAUGGUCCUGCUAUCUCUUUUCCAAAUGCAAUAGACCCAACAACUGUUUCCUGCUUUCCGUCCAUCGCUAUGCGGUUUGGCGUCUGCAGAUUGUGGUCACGGUAGGUUUCCUGUAGAAGUUCUGCAAAAACGGUCCAGCGGGCAGCUUUUGUUUCCGUCCAGGAACGCUCUGGAUUGUGUCGCGGUUGAAGGAAAGGCAAUCUCUUGGGCGCAUGAUUGAAGAGAUUUUUUUUUAGUUUGACAGCGUGUGCAAUGCCAAUCAACCCAAGUGAACAAAAAGGUGGGACACUUUCCAAGAAGAGUUACCUGUCUUGUAAAAAUCUUUUCAGAAUGUUGGUUGGUGCCUUGGCCGCUGUGGGGGUGAUUGAUCGAGCUUGGAUUUGCUCCUGAUCAUAUGACAUGGAUAAUUGAUGGUCCUAGCUGAUAAUUAAGGUUGACUUAUAGGUUACAUAUAUGUCCUGUCAAAUCUUGCUUGUCGAUUUGGUAGCUUGGCAUCACAGUUGGAGCAAAACCGAGAGCGUAGGCCCUGAGCUUGUUUGUCUGAUGGCAUGUAAAGAAACCACGGCAUUUUUUACUAACGUUUUGAAAGGCUGCCGCUUGGCAUCUAUUUUCUGA